AUGGCGUCUUCUGGUUCAGGUCAAAUUCCAAUCAAUUGUCAAUUUUGUGAAACUGAGAAAGUUAUCAAAUGGAAGUGUAUUGACUGUGAACUUUUGAUAUGUGAUAAAUGCAAAGACAAAAUACAUUUGAAAAUUAAAGGGGGAAAGGACCACAAGAUACUUGAUAUAAAGGAGAUCGGAUCUGAGACUGAAGAAUUGUGUUAUGCGAAUUUGAAGUGCCAAGAUCAUUCUGGACAAAAUUACUGUCUUUACUGUAAAACGUGUGAAAGCCUGGUUUGCCCCGUCUGUAUUGCUAAAGUUCACAAGAAGCAACAUGAUUUAGUUGAAAUUACCGAAGAAUACAACUUAAGAAUAGACAUAUUAAAGAAAUGUCAAAGCAAAAUGAUAAAUGAUAAAUCUAAGCUAGAAACCGAAAAGGUUCGGUUAAAACAAAUACAAACGACUGGACACGCUAACUUUGUCAAGGUAAAAGAAAAUAUUCUUUUUCAAGAAAAUGCACUCAUCGAUACAAUACGGAACUAUGCAGGGAGGUUUACCGAGGAGUUAGACAAACAACUCAAAACUAUGUACUCAUCCACUGACGGCGAAAUAAAUUCUGUCUCCAUUGGUAUGGCCAAAAUUGACUACAAAUCCAAAGAUUUGAAGAACUUGAUUACUAUGACGGAUGUUGCAGAAUUCUUCAGACAAGUUGACAGAAUUGAAAAAUCCAUGAAUAUUACUCUUCCAAAAAGCACUGCGUCAUUAAGUCUGUCCUUACCUCAAUUUGUAAAAGGGGAAAUUACUCAGAUUAAUUUUGGAACAUUAGUACAUGAUAAGAACUCUGAAGAUGACUCGAAUGUGACCAUAACGAUCGACACUGAGAUUAAUUCCUUGUCUCGAUGGCUCAAUUUCUCGAGAAGCAAGAAGUACAUCAAAAAAAGCUAA